CCAAAAGUGAGGAGAAAUGAUGGUAGAGAGAAGCAAGAGGUGAAGGGACAACAACAGCUAAAGUGGUUGGCGAACAUUGGCCGUGCAGAUAUCAAGAUUGAAAAUAUUGGGAAUUAUCACGUUUGCUCACUGCAUUUCAUCAACAAACAGCCUGCUGCAUGGACGAUGUUACCAAUCCUGAUUGGGCACCAACUGUGAAUAUGGGACGCGGUGAUGACAAUGAGCAGGAUAGACAACGUGCACAAGAACACCAUGCGCGUGCGACAAGAAGAGAGAGUAUGAAGGCAGAUUUGAUCGCAGCUCAAGCAUCCGUAGCUCUGCAAGAUGACACUGAACAGGUUAAUGAUUUUGAGAACUUUGAACCGGAGCUGCAAGUACACCAUCAACUUCACAUGGAAACACAAACACCAGUCAAAGAGACAAUGGACUCAUCAACACAAACAGAACUGUGUGCAGCAGACAUAACAGUACUGGAAGCACAAGCAGACAACAACAAUAAAGAGAUCGCUAAUGCAAGGCAAGAAGCAGCCCAAAUUAAGUUUACACAAGAAAGCUUUCCCAAGGACGAUGAAAAAGUUAAGUUCUACACGGGUUUACCAACGUUUGCCAUUUUGAUGCUGGUCUUCAAUUAUGUUGAGGACAAGCUCCCCAAUAGAGAUUCACUAACACAUUUUCAGCAGUUGCUGAUCAUCUUGAUGAAGCUCCGACUUGCAGUGCCUCAUGAAGAUCUUGCGUAUCGAUUCCUUGUUAGUGAUUCCACAAUAUCGCGUGUAUUCAAUACUGGGAUUGAUGCCCUUUACUGCAUAUCCAAGUUAAUUAUUUGGCCUGAAAGAGAGGUUCUUUUGAAGACCAUGCCCAUGCAAUUUCGGCGAACAUUUGGAAAGCGUGUGGCAGUGAUUAUAGAUUGCUUUGAAGUAUUUUGUGAUAGACCUACGAGUUUAGAGGCGCGCGCACAGACUUGGUCAAACUGUAAACACCAUAACACCAUCAAAUUCUUGAUAGGUAUAACACCAUGUGGUGCUGUUUCAUUUUUAUCUGCGGCAUGGGGGGCCAGAGGCACAGAUAAAACAAUUACACUUUCAUCUAACUUUUUUGACAACCUGCUCCCAGGAGAUGUCAUUUUAGCUGAUCCCGGUUUUGACAUAAAAGAUGAUGCCGGAUUUUACGGUUGUCAAGCAGAAAUUCAUGCAUUUACAAGAGGGAAAGCACAACUAUCUGCUCUGGAUGUGGAAAAUACUCGUGAAUUAGCACAUUUACGCAUUCAUGUAGAGCGUGUGUUUGGUGCUGUCAGACAAAAAUUCCUAUUUCUAGGUCACACUGUGCCACUGGAGUACAUGAUGACCAACUCUGAAAUUCAAGUACCCAAAAUUGAUAAAAUUGCAAGGAUCUGUUGUGCACUUUUCAACUUAAAUGAAUCCAUAGUGCCAUAGUAGGUGCUUUCGUAUGGGGCAUAUACAAUCAAUAAAAACUUUCAAAAAAGUUA